AUGGACAGGUCGCUUGUUCGCGUCAUCAGCUCCAUUUUGGUCCUUUGGGACGGGGAGAAGCUGUUUGGAAGUGGGGGAUGGCUGCAUUGUGCUCCAUCAGAACCUGGUCUCCUGGCUGUGUGCGCCUGGGCCCCUGCGGGUGUGGUACCCCAGCCUGCCCUGUGUUACUCACCUGCUGCCCUGUGCCCUCCCCAGGUGGAGGAGAGCAUCCUGAACAUUGGCAAGUUCCACAGCAUUGUCAGACUGGUGGCCUUCUCCCCGUUCCGAUCCGCCCAGAGUGCCUUGGAGAACAUCAACGCAGUCUCAGAAGGGAUCCUCCAUGAGGACCUCAAGCUGCUCCUGGAGACCAACCUGCCGGCCAAGAAGAAGAAAGUGUUGCUGGGAGUCAGCGAUGCCAAAAUCGGGGCUGCCAUCCAAGAGGAGCUGGGUUACCAGUGCCAGGCUGGCGGGGUCGUAGCAGAGAUCACACGAGGGAUCCGCCUGCACUUUCACACUCUGGUGAAGGGCCUCACUGCCCAGUCGGCCUCCAAGGCACAGCUGGGCCUGGGGCACAGCUACUCACGAGCCAAAGUGAAAUUCAACGUCAACCGGGUGGACAACAUGAUCAUCCAGUCCAUCAGCCUGCUGGACCAGCUGGACAAGGACAUCAACACCUUCUCCAUGCGCGUCAGAGAGUGGUACGGGUAUCACUUCCCGGAGCUGAUCAAGAUUGUGAGCGACAACUACACCUACUGCUGCCUGGCCAAGCACAUCGGGAACCGCAAGGAGCUGAGCGAGGAGAGUCUGGAGGGGCUGGAGGAGAUUGUGAUGGACAGCGCCAAGGCCCAGGCCAUUCUGGAUGCCUCCCGCUCGUCCAUGGGGAUGGACAUCUCCCCCAUUGACCUCAUCAACAUCGAGAGCUUCUCCAGCCGGGUGAUCUCGCUGUCCGAGUACCGCAAGGGCCUGCAGGAGUAUCUUCGCUCCAAGAUGAGCCAGGUGGCUCCUAGCCUCUCCGCCCUCAUCGGGGAAGUGGUGGGCGCCCGCCUGAUCUCCCACGCCGGCAGCCUGACGAACCUGGCCAAGUACCCGGCUUCAACAGUGCAGAUCCUGGGGGCGGAGAAGGCCCUCUUCAGGGCCCUGAAGACUCGUGGCAACACCCCGAAGUAUGGCCUGAUCUUCCACUCCACCUUCAUCGGCCGGGCGGCUGCCCGGAACAAGGGGCGCAUCUCCCGCUACCUGGCCAACAAGUGCACCACUGCCUCCAGGAUAGACUGCUUCUCAGAAGUCCCGACGAGCGUCUUUGGGGACAAGCUCCGGGAGCAGGUGGAGGAGCGGCUGGCCUUCUACGAGACAGGAGAGCCGCCUCGCAAGAACCUCGAGGUCAUGAAGGAGGCCAUUGUGGAGGCUAUUGAGGUGGCUGCCGAAAUCAAGAAGAAAGAGAAGAAGAAGAAGAAGCGGGAGAAGAAGCGGCUGGCAGCCCUGGCGGUGGCGGCUGCAGAGGAAGCAGAGAGCUCUGUGCUGGAGACAACUGUUGAGGCAAACGACGCGGAGCCCAGGAAGAAGAAGAAGAAGCGGAAGCAGGAGGCCUUGCUGGAGGAGAACGGGCUGGGAGAAGAGCCUUUGCCCAAGAAGCAAAAGAAACUAGCCCAGGAAGAGCCCGCCCAGCCGGACAAGAAGAAGAAGAAGAAAAAGCUCAAAGAUGAGGACUAGGCAGGGUUGCUCCCCCGUCUCACCGUGGGACAGCCCAGGCCUGCGCUGCAGGGCCCGCACUGACCACCCGCAGGCUGGCAGGACACUCCUUCCUGCCUCUCAGCUGUGUUGCUUGUCCAGCGUUUUGAGGCAGCUGCGUGUCCCAGCGUGCCCGGGGCAGCUUGCAUUAAUGCCUCCUGAGUCUGCUGGGUGCUGUGGGCUUGCUCGGGCGAGAAGCUGGAUCUGCGGCACCUGUGUUAACCUAGCCGAGACAGUUACUGCUUGGGCAGGUGCCCGUGCUGGCCUGGGGGUGUCGGUUGGCACAGCUGGACGUGAGGCCCGUACCCAGUACGGCCUUGAGCACCGUCCUCUGCACAGGACGUUCCCGUGGACGCAGGGUGUGUGGAACAGCUGCCUGGCCCCACCUGUGCCUGAAACAGCCACCAACAAUAAACGGCUCCAGUUUUUCAA